CUUAAUUUGCUUCUAAGAAUAAACAACUAUGCUUUUUCAAAAAAAAAAAACAAAAAACAAAACAUUAUGGAGGAGAACUAGCAUAAUGUGGAGGGGGCAAAAAUAAUUUUAAGCUUUGCUUAAGAAAUAGGCAAUUUAGUAUAUAAAUGGAAAAAAGUAAAAUAAAUUAGUUUGUAUCCCAUACCAAUCAAGCCUUUUGAUUUUGGUAGCAAGUGAUUAUUUUUAUGAAAAUUUAUAUAGACAUGUUGUACUAUCCAAUGUUAUUUUUUGUUCAUUUGAUGAUUAAAUGAACAAUAAUCUCCUUUAAUCUUCAAGUUGAGCAAUCCGAAUGUGUAUAACAACCUUUAUUGUUUAAUAGUGGUUUUUAGAUACAGGUCAAUCAUAGGUUUAAUUAGCAUUGGUCUGGGUUAAGGUUGUAUUUUUAUUGAUUUACAACGAGUAAAAGUCAAUUUUGAUUUAAGUUAGUUUGAAAAGGCUCAAUUUUUUUUGGAUAUACUUGGAAUGGAUUUUGGUUGGUUUCAGGCCAAUUUCUCAUGUCAUACUACUUUUUGACAACUCUUAUCUAUAUAUCAGAUGUUAUUGCUGAGCAAGAGUUGACUGGGAUAUGGAGAGGUAGGGGGAGGUCAAGAGGUAGAGGGAGGGGAACAGGGAGAGGGAGAGGUUGGAGAGCAUGCUGAUAAUGUAGGGAUGCCAAGAGGGAGAGGGAGGGGAACUGGAAGAGGUAGAGGGAGAGGGAAUGCUUUAGAAAACUGGUUUAGUAUUUCCCCAACCCCAUGGCAGCCUGAUGAGCCUAUUUCUGUACAAAUUCUUACCUCUAAGCUUGAAUCUUACGACCAACCUCAAUUUAGCAACCAACAAACUCAACCUCAACCAUCAACCCAGUCUGUUGUACCUCCUAUGGUAAAUGUUGGGGAGCAUGGAGUUGGGUAGACAUCAAAUUCAUCAAAAUCUGACAUGGGGUCAGUCUUCUUUAAGAGGCAAAGAGUGCCUAGGACUACAGCAAAGAGGAAAGGCAUUGUAAUAAGUUCGAGUACAAGUGGAGGUGACAGUGACCAGCAUAUUCAAUCUGGGGUAGGAAGUAGGGCCUUAAGUGUGUCAGUUGGAUUAAAUGGGAGUGAGAGCUUGUCUGUACAUGAUGAGCAGGAUGCUGAUGAAGCUAAUGAGCAAGAAGAUAGGGCCUAUGAGCCAUAUGACAGUGAUGAUGAUACAGUUGAGAGUGUGGACAUAGAAGAGCAAUUAUCUGAAGAUGAAUAUGGUCCAAAGAUUGAAGAUUCAUGGGAUCCUUUUGAGGAACAUAUCUUUGAGUGUGACAAAGAUGAGGAAAACUACUUAGCAAAGUUGUACAAUAAUGCAGAAGUCUUCAAAGAUGAAGGUUUUGGGAGAAUUGUUCUGAAAGAGUGGCAACUCUUCACUGACAAACAGCAUCUAAGAGAUGUUGUUAGAGACUACUGCAUUCAAUGUGGUUUUGCAGUUAUUGUGGAUUAUGCCAACAACACUAGGUACACUGUGAGGUGAUCAGAUGCUCAUUAUGAAUGGAGAUUGCAUGGAUCAGUUCUGCCUAAUGGUAUUACUUGGGCAAUCAAGCUAAUUUAGAACUCUGAAACACAUGUAAGGAUUAGGCUCCAGGAACAACAUGGUGAAUGUGAAGUGGGAAAAAAGGGUUCUUCUUGAUGAUAUUAGGGCACACAAUGACAUUCCUGCUAAGUCAUUGAAUCAAUUGUUAUGGCAAAGAUAUGGGGUGGAAAUGGCACUGUCUACCUUGUAGGGUAAGAACUAAGGCUUUGAAUGAAAUUCAUGGGGGUCAUGAUGAGUCAUACACCCUGUUUCCUAGGUACUGUGAUGUACUUAAAAGCUUGAACUCAGACUCAAUAGCUCACCCUGUUUAGAAUCCUCCAAAUCACCCAGAGAGCCCUUUAGCAUUUAGUAGUAUCUUUAUUUGCUUCAAAGUUGUUCUAGAUGGGUUAAUUAAUGGUUGCAGAAGCCUAUUAGGUGUUGAUGGAGCCCGCCUUAAAGGGAAUUAUGGGGGUUGUUUACUGUCAGCUGUUGCAUUGGAUGCCAAUAAUGAAAUUUUUCCAGUGGCCUGGGCUAUUGUUAGAGGGGAGAACAGUGAGACCUGGAAAUUCUUUAUCUGGCACUUGAAGAAUGCAUUAAAAGACAGUAGCAGAGGUGAUGAGUGGUGUAUCAUGUCUGAUAGACAAAAGGGCAUAGAUGUGGCAAUCACUGAGUUGUCACCUAAAGUGUGAAGGAGAUAUUGCUGCAAGCAUCUUGUGAAGAACUUUAAACCUCAGUUCCCAGGUGACAGGGUAAAGUCGUAUCCCCUAAUCAAAAGUAAUUCCUAAA